AUGGGAUCAGAAAUUAUGACAAUCAUAUCAUCGGGCACGAGGGUCCAGCUCCGAAGUAGCGACCGGCGCCUAAUCUCAGAUCUACCAAUCUCCACCAACUGGUUGGGAGCCAAUUGCAAUAUUGUAUUGGAUACCUCUACAGGAAACGGGAGCACUCUCCUAGACCGCAUAAUGGCAGCUGCGAAGCCUAAACUAGAAGAUCUUUCAAAAGAACAACUUAUCGCAAGGAUAUAUGAACUAGAACGACAGCUUCCGCCUCAAUCCCGUCGGCCACCUCAAACUCUACAAAACCCUUUCCCCUUCUCCAAGCAUCCUACCCGGAAAAUAGCCCUCAAAUUCACGUACGCGGGAUGGCUCUACAAUGGUCUCGCCGCACAAUCACAGCCUACUCCACUUGCCACAGUCGAACAAGUCUUGUUUGAUGCGUUGGUUAAUACACGACUAGUCGAUCCCGAUAAGGGAAUGGAGGGCUGCGGGUGGAGCAGAUGUGGACGUACAGAUAGAGGCGUGAGCUCUGCUGGGCAAGUAGUCAGUCUUUGGGUUCGGAGUGCGCUCAGUGCAGGAUCGUUCAGAGCCAAGAACGAGUCUCUCUUCGACAAGGAGGAUUCUGAAAUGGCUGGCGGACUACAGGAGGGCAUCCAGCCUACGAUGGAUGCUGUUGACUCGUCUCCGUUGACCCCCCAACCAAUCUCCUCUGACAGAGGAUCAUCACCGCUCGCACAUCCUCUUCCACCAACUUUGCCAGCAGAGGCCUGCUCGAGGAAGCAGGAAAUGAAUCCAGAACUAGCCUAUAUUCACAUGCUAAAUCGGGUUCUUCCCGCAACAAUCCGAGUGCUUGCUUGGUCUCCGGUCGCCGAUGAUUUUGACGCCCGGUUUUCGUGCCAGUGGCGACACUACAAAUAUUUCUUCUCGAAGGCAGGCCGGGCUUUAGACGGUAUAGCCGCAGCUGGGGCGGGACGAGCAGAUGAACAGAUAAACGUGCCAGGAGGAGCAGGAACGAGACCAGGAAGAGCGAGAGGAGUAGGACUCGACAUCUCGGCCAUGCAAGACGCCGCCACUCGGUUAAUCGGGGAACAUGACUUUCGUAAUUUCUGCAAACUCGACCCCAGCAAGCAAAUUGAAAAUUUCAAUCGCCGAGUCUUGGAAGCCUGGAUUGAGCCGGUCGAGGACGAUCAAGAUGAGUUGAACAAAGAAGGGCCCGGCAUCAAGGGGAAGCAAGUAGAGAGCGAUGAAGAACUGUACGUGUUCAACCUCAAAGGUACCGCGUUCUUGUGGCACCAAGUCCGAUGCAUAAUGGCGAUUCUUCUCCUUGUUGGACAACGACUUGAGGAUCCGUCUAUUGUCGACCGUCUGUUGCACACUUCGCUAAAUUCCUCCAAGUCCCUUGACUCACCCCCCAUCGAGUCGAAGCCAAACUACACCCUCGCCGAUUCGUUGCCACUCGUACUUUGGGAUUGUGGAUACAAACCCGAAGAUGUGGCUUGGCAAACGGAUCCAAUUGCCCAGACUAAACAAGGGGUUGCUCAGGAUCGAGAAAAAACACACAAUUUCUGGUUCAACAUGUAUUCCAUUUGGACACACGACCGAAUCCAAACCACAAUGCAGAGGUAUUUUUUGCGUGCGUCUGAGCGCUUCUAUCCAACCCCUGCGUCAUCCGCAAAUACCACCUUGGUCCGACUCAAUACAGGAGGAGGGGUGUACCGUCAUACCACGCGAUACACACCAAUUCUCGAACUCGACAGAGGUGAACGCGCUGAAGUGGCCAACGCCAAGUGGAGAGAGGGUACGACUGGCCAACGUAGGAUGGCCAAGAGGAAUACUAAAUCCAAGAAUACACAUGACGAUUAG